AUGACAAAUUUGAUAGUCAAUUUGAGUGCCGGUCAAUUAGCGGCAGUUAUCGGAGGGGUUAACUUUUUAUUACCUCUUAUCAUUACCGGAGUUGGUGCCAUCCUAAUAAUGAUGAACGUUAGUAAUAGAAUGUCGGCUUUUGAAUGGACCGCAUUAAGUAAAUUAACAGAACAUAGUAUGCUUAGUUUUUAUGGUGCAGGUGGUCAACCUGUUUUAACAGGAAUUAAAAUAUGGGGUGAAGGAACAUACAAACGUAGCGUAAUAUAUAUACUUAUUGGAUUAUGCUUACUAGUAUUGUUUGGUGUAUCCGCAAUUGCACCGCUUGGGAUUCAAACUUGCAGCGUAACUUUCAACACAACUUCAACAGAAACUAAUGUUGUUGAGCCAGAUAUACUAAGUCGUGCUAUUAAUAACACUUUCUCUCCAAAACAAUUAUCACAAAUUAGAAUAUGUGGGGCAAUAACUUGGCAACCAUGUCCCGGAAUGAGAGAUAGAGUACAUACUGAUGACUCAUACGUAGCAGACUUUAAUAAGACGUAUAGUAAUAAUGCAUUGAAUUUUCGUCUGUUAAAGACUGGUAGUAAUGAUAAUGUCACAUAUCCUACAUAUGAUUUUAUGAUGGGCGUAGUAACAAGUACACAGACUGGUUACGGUAUUGUUGAUACGAUGAUCGUAGAUCAUGAUAAUGGUGGUUUUCUAGCAAGUCAUACUAUCCAACCUAAGCAAAAUGUCAAUAAGAAAUAUAACUGGUCAAUUAAAGGCCUAUGGCUACAACCAUAUGUCAGUUGUAAAUCAACUAAUAUUACUAAAAUCACUUGGCAAAAUGGUUCGUUUAGUUGGGCUGCUAAACUAGUCAUUAACCAAUCCGACGUACAACCUCCUGCAUUACAUCCACUUGGAGAUCAAGGCCAAAAUAUUGAUCUUUUAUCAAGGAGCAUUCGAUACAGUCAGUUAUUACAAUUCAUUAUUAGGCAGCAAAUGAAUAUGACUCUUAAUGGGACUUUUAUCGAAUCAAAAGAGUUUAGUGAUCUUACUAUUUUGGAGCCUAAAUCCAUUACUAAUAGUCUUCCUUAUAGCAUUAAUACAACAAAUAUAACAACUGCUAAUAUUUUAUGUUCAGGCUUUGGUGGCCAAGAUAAAAUUGCUAAUAAAAUAGUUGGUGUUAAAUGUUGGGAAUUAUUUGGCCCACCUAAUAUUACUGAAAGAGGAAUAGAACAAACUUUGUAUGGAUGUGCUGGCGCUGUUAAAGCCAGUGUAGAAGUUAUUAAUUUGCAAUCUAACUCGACAGGUGAUAUUAAUGUAUUGAAUAAACAAACUGUUCCAACGAAAUGGUAUAUUGAGAAUGGUAACCUUAAUAUUACUGACAUGGAUCCUUGGUGGGGUGGUGUUGAACUUGGUGUAAAUAUUCCAAAUAACAGUAUGUCUGUAAGUGAAAAUAGUCUUUGGUUACCAGCAGGUGGCACGUUCUUAUGGGGUGUUACUGCUGAUGCUCAAACUGCCGGUGUUGCUGGUAUAGUGUUGAACACCAUGACUGACUUUGAUAAUUCUAUAAACGGUUAUCGAGCAAAUG